GUGGGGGAGAUCCUGAGCUCUGCAGACCCCUCGGCCAAGGCCAGGCUGACCAUCAGCUGCCCCGACUUUGGGGAGUGGAAGGACUCGGGUUUGGACCAUCACAACCUCCAGGACUUCAUCGAGCUGCGCUACAACCCGGGCUGCGUCCUGCCGGAGAUGGAGGGGCUGGAGGAGUUCAUGGAAUACCUCUCGGAGUCACUGGAGCCCCAGUCCCCCUUUGACCUCCUCGAACCCCCCACCAUGGUUGGUUUCCUCAAGCUCUCCAAGCCCUGCUGCUAUAUCUUCCCGGGUGGGAGAGGGGACUCAGCUUUUUUUGCUGUCAAUGGUUUCAAUGUUCUGGUCAAUGGUGGCUCCAACCCCAAAUCAUCCUUCUGGAAGUUGGUCCGGCACCUGGAUCGCAUCGAUUCCAUCCUGGUGACGCACGUGGGCACGGACAGCCUGCCUGGUGUCAACAGCUUGUUACAGAGGAAACUGGCAGAGCUGGAGGAGGAUCCAUCCCAGGGCUCGCAGGGCAACGGCGACUGGGCCAAGAACCUCAUCUCCCCAGAGCUGGGUGUUGUCUUCCUCAACGCCUCGGAGAAGCUGAAGGAUAUCGAGGGCAACUCCCGGGUGCUGAAGAGCUGUGAUGAGGCUGCCCUGACCCUGCACUACCUGGAGAAGUUGGGGAUCCGUCCCAUCCCGCUGGCCCGGGACAGCGGACCUCGCGCAGAGCCCACCGUCCUCUUCCAGAAGAUGGGAGUGGGCAGGUUGGACAUGUACAUCCUGAACCCAGUGAAAGGCACCAAGGAGCUGGAGUUUCUCCUGCAACAAUGGUCAGGGAACAGCUACCCCAAGGAGCAGGACUUGCCCCUGCAGUGCCUGACCUCUGUCUGUGCCCUGCUCGUCUGGCACCCUGUCAACCCCUCCGAGAAGAUCAUCCGCGUCCUCUUCCCCGGCUGCACCCCCCAGGGCCGCAUCCUGGAGGGGUUGGAGAAGGUGAAGCACCUGGAGUUCCUCAAGCAGCCCGUGGUCACCAAGAAUGAUUUGAAGGGGCCGCUGGUGUCCCAACCUGAGAAGCCACUCAAGCAGAAGAGGGCAGAGAGCAAGGAGAGCCUGAAGUCAGCUUCCAAGCUCAGCUUGGUGGACACUGGGACAUUGGUGCCGAAGGAGAAGGCUCCGUCAAAGGUGGAGAGGAAGGAGGUGAAGGCUGGGACCAAGGAGAAGCCAAAAACCCUGGGGGAGACAGCCAGAGCGGGGUCGGAAGAGGAGAAAGCCAAGGAUGCUCGAGCCAAGCUGGAUUCUUCGAUGGAGAAGCUGAAGGUGGAGGCAAAGCCGAAGCUGAGCAAGGAGAAGACGCUGCCCAAGAAGGAGCCUGCACCCCGCAAAGAGGAGAAGAAGCUGCUGAAGAAGGACGAGGGGGCUGAGGCAAAGGGGGAGCCCAAGAAGGAGGUGAAGGUGGUGAAGAAGGAGGUGAAGGCUGAGAUGCUGCGGAAGGACACGAAGGAGAGCAAGGCAGAGGCCAAGGCUCCUCCCAAGACCCCGGCCCGGAAAACACCAGUUCCUGAGACCCGCAAACCCCUGGCCAAGGCCGGCAGCAUCAAGAAACCCCCCCUCAAGAAGGAGCCGGAGAAGCCCAAGGCCAAAGCCCCCCGGGAGGCAGGUGGCAGGAAGGAGCCGGGGACAUCAGAUGGCUCCAAGUCCUCCUCCCCUGAGGACAUGCUGCCAGAGGCCGAGCGGGGCCGGGGGGUCCCGCAGGAUGGGAGGAGGAGGAAGGAGGAAUCGACGGACGAGGGCAUCACCACGGCUGAGAGCGAGCUGGAGCCUUCACCACUGGAGAACGGGGCAAGUGGGGGACCAGGGGACUCAUCCUGCCUGGAGAACGGCCUGGAGGACCCCGACAGCCCCCAGCGUUUCCGCUACCUGGAGAGCAGCCCUUUGAGAGCC